AUUCUUCGUUCCCUAAUAAAAACCAGCAACACAAAUAUUUAUGUGUUCAUCUUAUUGAAUGGAUACAUAAAUUUGGUCCUUCGAGCCGGAUUUGAGAGUGAAGGUUGAUUUCAAUUCCUAUCCCGAGGAGUAGUGAAGAGGUUUGCUGUUUCAUGGUUGGAUUUUAAUCACCCCCAGAAGACAGAGGAAUCGGGUGACAGCUGGUUGUUUAAUACUUCUACUGAGCGAGUUCAUCGCUGGAUUUUCGAUAAGUAGCACUAUCAUCGUGCAAAUUUCGUCUCAUUUUUAUUGAGCUUUGUUUUCUACUGUGCUUAUAACAAUUACAAUGUCUGAAGAUAAUUCAAAAUCGAGUGAAGUCGAUGAUGAAGUGAGAACUCUGAUUAAAAACAGAGGUAUAGUUAAAGCCAAGAUGACUAGAAUGGAAAAUUGGUUCAAACAAGAUAAACCUCUUGAUAUUGUUCAAUGUAAAUUACGUUUGGAACAACUAAUGCAAAUUUUCAAAGACUAUGACAAUUUUCACACUGAAUUAGAGGUUAUGGAUUAUGAAUCACAUCAUCAAGACAGAGAAAUUAUGGAAGAUAAAUAUUUUGAUUUGAUUUCUUUUGUAACUAAAAUUGUUAAUCAGUCUGAGGACACUCAACAAUCCAAUUCUUCAACUGAUAAUCGGUCUACAAUAUCUCAUUCAAGUAUAAAGUUACCUGAAAUUUCUCGGGCGAUAUCAAACACUGGCCAAGCUUCUUCGAACUAUUUACUGCACUGAUAACAAAUAAUCAAAAAUUAUCUAAUGUUCAAAAAUUAAUGUAUCUGAAAUCUGCUCUAACAGGGGAGCCAUUACAACUCAUAGAAAAUUUGGAAGUGAUCGGGUUGAACUUUCCCAUAGCUAUUAAUACGUUGAGGGAUAGAUUCGAUAAUAAAUACCUAAUUGUUAACGCAUAUAUAAGAAAUUUACUGAAUGUUCCAUCCUUAACAAAAGGUAAUGAUAACAAUCUGAGAAACUUUAUUUCACAAAUUAAAACAAAUUUGGCAGCUUUAAACACCUAUAAUUUAUCAGAAAAACUUACUGACUUGAUCCUUAUUCAAAUUUUCACACAGAAGCUAGAUUUUGGUUUAAGAAAAGAAUUUGAAGGGGAAAGAAAUGUUCGCGAUUUUCCAACGCUCCCAGAAUUUAUACAAUUUUUAGAAAGAAAAUAUAAGGUUCUCGAAAAUUUGAGUGAGUCAACUCAAAAUUCAAAAUUAAAUUCUUCG